CAGCUUGUUAUGUUUCAUGUGAAGAAGGUAUAUAGAAGUUGAAUUGUCGCAUAUAAUACAUGCAACAGUAUUCGUAGUCUAUGAUGAUGGAUCGUAAUUGUUUGGUGCAUAAUAUAUCGGGUAGUUUUAAUGCAUGAUCGACUACUGUAUGCUGGACUAUAUCAGUCCUGUUCGUGGAAUGGUUUCGGGACAAUAUGAGAAAAAAACAAGUAUGAGCUAAUUUCCAACAAGAUUAUUUCGUUUAUAUAUGACGAGCGUUGUUUCCAUUAGCAAACAUCGAUUGUCGUUUAUUUCUGGGUAGGCUUUUGCUUAUUGUUUGUUGAGUUUUUCACUCAUCGGUGAGCAAAUUUCCCAACAGGCUAUUGCUCAAUUGAUAAGGGAUCCGAGGUACCUACGAUUUAACGUCGUUAUCCGAGAAGACGCGAAAGUCUAACAAUUUACUAUGUCUCAAUUAUUUUAAGACCUUGAGUAGAGGUCCGACCAAGGUCUCUCGGCUUGAAGGGGAAGUGUGGUGAACACGACAUCACAAGUGCGUGCUGGUUUUAAAACACGAGUAAGACCGUAAUUAUUAUUUACCCCUUCCAUACUCAGAUCCAUCAGACGAACUGUACUGCUACGUAGUAGUUUCAAUACUAACCGUAUUGCUUUUGUUUUUCUUUUGUGUAGAAUAUCGAGCAAAAAUCGUUGAGCAAGGGUGAUUUCCUGUUCCGCACCACCCAUACCAUUGAACUGGUUACUAAAAUCAUCAUGAAUAUGAAACCGCCUUGCGUCGUCAAUUUACAGAUCACUCCAAAGUAAGUCAAAAGUUUGAUGUUUAUUUUUUCUUCAGUUAGUACAAGAAGACUAAGAACGUGCGUAUGAUUUGAGUAUCAACGUUAUCAAUUUUCAUGCACUUACUUGACUGUUUUGUAUUGCUGCAUGCAUCCCUACGGGGGCGUUUAUUAGAUUUAUAUUUAAACAUUUAUCAGUAGUUUGUUGAAUUAUUGGUGUUGGAGCAUGAUGUUAAAAGAGUGUAAGAAAUGGAAAUUGAACCGUAGGUUUUCACUAACGAGAGUAUUCGUAUAAAAUGGUCCAUAAGGUUUUUCUUACUAACUCGCCAUAAAAGCUUGCAAGAAAUGAAUGAGAAUGAAAAACAUCAGUGGAAUGAAACGCUGGCCAUGUUUACCGUUUUUGCACAAAGUAUAGAUAUGUUGUAGAUUGCGUUGCAGCAAAAAUGGCCUUAAAUACAUUUUCUUGUUUCCCAACAGAAUCAAAGCUGAGUUCAGGAAGUCGCAAGUCGAUCUCAACUUUUCUUCGUCGUUAACUGAAAACGCAACACCGUGUGUUCGACGUAGGGGAAAGAAUACGUUUAACAUCUCAGUUUUUGAUACGAAUGUGCAAGAGUGAUGGAAAUAAAGCCACAUGGAAAGUACAGAUAGUACAUAUAUGCGCAUUGGUUUUAUUGGGCAGUUGUGUAGCAAGAAAUUACAUGCAAUUAAGAAUCAGCCUUUGAAUGUUGAUCAUUCAAUUAUUAAUCUUCUUCUGGUAAUUAAUUUUUGACUGCAGGGUAGAACUGAAACGGAAUAUAACCAUGCAAACCCCCAUCCUCUCCGAUACGAUUAACCCUUACGGUAAUUAACUAAUAUUCAAGGACAAUAAAUAAUAAUUGCAGCGAUUAACGCUGACUUGUAGUAUUGUAGUUCAUAUUUAAAAUCUAGAGUAAAAUAUUUAUAAGGCGGUUGUGAAUUUUCACAUUGUAACCUAGUUACUGUGAGUAAUUUUCUAAUUAAACGCUCUGUCUAAUUAAACAGAAGGUUUAUGCCUUGCACUGAUGGGUCUGACUAUACCCAUAAGUCUAAGAAUACUGUAGCUUUUGUUUCUCUAAUAAAGUACAAACAUAGGGAUAUAGAAAAAUAUUACCUAGAGAAGUCACGCAAAUUAAAACUAAUUGCAGCAUUUAUUUAAUUAUUUAAUAAAUGUAGAAUCCCCUUUGACCUGUCUCCACAAUUUAAUAGGAUGCGUAAUAAUUCAAAAUUGAUAACACAAUAGAAAAUUUGGAUCAUGG